UAUGGCUUUUGUUGGUCCUAACUCUGUUGAGCUCGGUUUGAGGACCCUAAAGAUGGCACAUUGGUUUGGGAGAUGCAGGGCAAGGUAUCUGUGCCCUGCCUUGCCCAUUGUUUUGGCUGCCCUGCUGUGCAAAGUGACUGAGAGUCGAGUGACAAUGGACAACAUGCAGAGGUUUUUAUCCCUCCCUGUACAUCUACCUGCCAAUUAUCAUGUCUGCAAUUCUGAUGUCUCCUUCUUUCUUAAAGAGGCCAACCAGGACCUCAUGAAGAACUCCAGUAUGCAGUCUCGAAAUGAACCUCUCUUCAUAUACAAAGCCAAUGUGCCACCGAUAAUAAAUGCCACUUACGGACCUUAUUCGGCAGAGCAAACCGUGCCCAGAAAUUUGAUCAUAACCUCAAAUACUUUUAGUUCCAGCAACAAGUUCACUUUCAACUGGCAGUUGAAAUCACAUAUUAUUGAAAGUUCCAUAUACUCAAACAACCCCAAAGUUCAGGCGUUGUUUUAUAUAGCUGGAAAAAGAUGGGAUGAUCAUUACUCAACAGAGAUUUUACCCUGUGUCAAAAUGGUUGCCAUUUUAGAAAACAGGGAAAUAUCAUCAAGCUGCAGACUGAAAGGUAAUUUAGGAUUGUGUGUGGCAGAACUUGAGCUGUCAACCAGCUGGUUAAGUACUUUUCCUCCAGAAGAGGAUUCAAAAGAUUCCUCUCCACCACAAGGAAUCCCAGUGGAACUGCACCAUGUCAUGUACACCACUGGAGAAGAUGAGGAGUGUUCUACAGAGGAAAGUAAAUGGACAAAUAGGAUUAAUUCAGACAAAGACACUACACGUACAUUCUCAUCAACAAUGGAAAGGAUUGGGAGUGUAAUUGUUUACCCCACUCAGGAGACUCUGAGAAUGUCUGUGUUAAGGCUCGAUGAAAAUAUUCAGAUCCGUUUUCCACCAAGUCCAGUGAAGAUUGGGGACACUGUAACAUUUUUUGUGUCAAUGGCAGGAGGCUCAUCUACACAUCAGUUUAUGUUGAGAGUAAAAGCAGCGGUUGGUGCUAAAAUAAUGGAUGUGAGAGUGGAUGACCUUGGGCAGUGGGAGGUACAGAAACAGAUUGAAAAUAAUGAGAAACACACAACUGCCACACUUGUAUGUGUGCGCCAUGGCCCACUGGUGCAGAGCAGAGACAACGACUCACUGUAUGAAAUCCUACAGAUGGACUUUGAAAUGGACAUCAGUAGUGGCUUGGCGGGUGCCCAGCAGAUUACAUGGCAGGUGGAAUACCCAGAAGAAGACUCUGUCAGUGAAUUAAUGAUCUCUGAAAUCUUUGUCAGCCAGACAACCUUUGCAGGGAUCGUCCCGCUGGCCAUGGAUACGGAACUUCUGAAUACAGCCAUACUGACAGGAAGGGCAGUCUCAAUCCCUGUGAAGGUGGUAGCCGUACAAGAGGAUGGCUCUGUGAUUGAUGUAUCUGACUCUACCGAGUGCAAGUCGGCAGAUGAAGAUGUCAUAAAGGUCUCAGACAGAUGUGACUCCAUUUUUGUCAAUGGGAAAGAAAUGAAAAGUAAAGUGGACACCAUUGUGAACUUCACAUACCAGCACAUGACAACCCAGCUAGAAGUGACUGUCUGGGCACCCCGUCUCCCACUGCAGAUAGAGAUAUCUGACACUGAGCUAAGCCAAAUUAAAGGCUGGAGGAUCCCUGUCAGCAUCAAUAAAAGACCAACAAGAGACAGUGAAGAUGAGGAGGAUGAUGAAAAGAAAGGAAGAGGAUGUUCUCUACAAUACCAGCAUGCAAUGGUGCGCGUUUUCACACAAUUUGUAGCAGAGUCUUCUGAAAUUGGAGGUCAGCUGACCUACAUGCUUGGCUCUGAUUGGCACUUUGACAUUACUGACAUUGUGAGUGACUUCAUGAAGGUUGAAGAGCCCAAAAUAGCAACACUGGAAGCUGGGAAGGUUCUAGUUGGACAUGAACAAGGAAUAACGACUGUCCAGGUUCUCUCCCCAUUAUCUGAUUCCAUCCUGGCUGAGAAAACGGUCACAGUCCUGGAUGAUCGUGUAGGAAUUGUAGAACUUGGAGUUCAGCUCAUUACUGGGCUCUCUUUGUCUGUGCAAGCAAGCAAAGCAAACAAGAGAGUACUUAUUACAAGCACAACAGCGAGCGACAUACUUCACAACUUUAAACAGGAAGCAGUGAUCAGCGUGUGGACCCUAUUUAGUGAUGGAUCUGUAACACCCUUGGACAUUUAUGAGAACAAGGACUUUUCACUUACGGUGUCUUCACUUGAUGAGAUGGUGGUAUCAACUUAUUUGAAUCCUUCAUCCAACUGGCCAGUUGUGGUUGCUGAAGGAGAAGGCCAAGGACCACUAAUUAAGUUAGAGCUAGGUAUCAGUGAGAUUUGCCAAAAGUCAAAGCGGAAGAGUAGCCUUGCAACAGGGACUGGAACAAUUAAAGUGAAGUUUGGGCAAAAAGAUUCAGACCAAAAAGGUAACGUGAAUGAGAUUCACAACACAGAUGAAGAGCUUAAAAAACACAUGAGCAAAACCACAGAAAAAGUAGCAGAACAAGAAAGGACGGUAAAUGAAUGGCCCAAGCAUGGAACAUCAGUAACCAAUUUUGAAGAUAAUGUUAAUAAAAAUUUAACAUCGGAUUCCCCUGUAGACUACCAAAAGAAUUUUAAUGAUGGUCAUAUACAUAUUAUUCCAAUAGCAUACACCAUUUUCCCUACACGAACAGGUUCUUCAGAACAUACAAAGGAGAGUGAACUUACACAGACAUCUCGAGGGUUAACAGACUUAGAAAUUGGCAUGUAUGCACUUCUUUGUGUAUUCUGUCUUGCAAUUUUAGUCUUUUUAAUUAAUUGUGUGGCAUUUGCUUGGAAGUAUAGGCAUAAAAGAUUUCCUGUGGCUGAUCAGGCCAAUAUUCCUCACUCUCAUGACUGGGUAUGGCUUGGAAAUGAGGUGGAGUUACUGGAAAACCCCGUAGAUAUUCCUCUCCCAGCUGAAGAGUGUACCACGAUGAUUGACCAAAGGUCACAAUUUGAAGAAAGCAAUUUUCUUCUCAAUGGGGGCUCCCAAAAAAAUCCAUACAGUCAAAUUCUUCGACCAUCUGAUUACACCUAUGAAAAAGAAGUUCAAAGUGAGCCAUUAAACCCUGGGGGAUCCAAAAGGAAAAGAGUAAAAUUUACAUCCUUUACUACUAUCUUACCUGAAGAAGGGGGCCCUUAUACUAAUGCAGUCAUAUUUGGAAAUGAUGAAAAUAUUAAGUGGGUUUGCCAAGAUAUGAACCUUGGUGAUUCACGGGAACUUAGAGACUACAUGGACAGCCUCCAAGACAACUUGUAAAAUAUUUUCCUAUGUUUAAAUUCACCUUUAUGCCUUCUGGUUUGUUUUUUAUUUUUUAUUUUUUGUUGGGUGGCACUAUCCAAUCAGCAAUAGAGAAGCAGAGCAAGCCCUACUUGUCUGAGGCCAUUUUAACACAUCUGUUUGGUCAACACGUUUUUUGACUCUGAAGUACAAAUAAGGAAAAGUAAUUUAAAUCUUGAGUUGAGGAUGUAUGAUAGCUUCAUGGAGGACCUGAAAUGUGACCACGUAUAAGCUCUACAAUAUAGGAAUACAAGAUUAAACACUACAGUAUACAGCUGCUACCUUACUUUACCUAUGAUAUGGGGUAUUGUAUAACAUAACUUUUGUGUUAUAAGGAAUAACCAUGUUUGUUCAGAGUGACUAUAAAUCUGCUCUGUUGCUUCGGGUUUUCAAUUAAAAGCACAGUGGACUUUUUUCAUUAUGUGUGCAACGUAUCAUAACCAUACAAUCCGAAUGUAUUAAUUUGUUUACAUAUAGAAUGGAAAACAAGACAUGUCUAUAUAU